UUUGUGUUGCUCUGCGUCUAGAUUACUUUAGUUAUAUCGUUCGGAAAGCCGUUUAAAUCAGUCAUUUACCACAUUAGAAAGUAAAACUGCAUUCAGUGAUGAAGUCACGUGUGCUUGUAUUACUGCUCUCAGUACAUGUAAUGUGGGUUAUCUCGAAACCGACGGAUUCAAUUGAUUUUGUGAGAUCAAACAACGUAAUCGAGAAUGAUGCGUUUGUUAAUGUACCGGGAAAUUCAGAUUUACAGUACCGAAUUGAAUACGCGAAGAUAUUGCAAAGUUUUAUGAAUGAGAGUGUAAAUCCGUGUGAAGAUUUUUAUGAGUAUGCGUGCGGAAAUUGGAAAAAUGUUAUUGAAGAACGACAAGCGGAACACAAACGUAGCAAUCUUAUCGAUAUUGAGUAUAAAUUAAACGAUGCCGUAGAAAAGAUGUUAAAUGAUUCUGUUGAAAAUUUAACAGAAGAAUAUGCUAAUGAAUUUAAACUAGCCCAGCAGUUUUAUCAGUCGUGCUUAUCAGCAAAUUUACACUCAAUAAGUAUGUCGCAAGUAUAUAUUGAUGUUAUCAAAUCGAUUGGGGGUUUUCCAGCUAUAGACAAAGCAUGGCAAUCAGACAACUUUAGUUGGUUCAAUAUGAGUGCUCAUCUCACCAACUACGAUGUUGAUGGAUUAAUUAAUGACUUUAUUGUUCCACAAUACCCAUUCGGACCCUAUUUUAAAUUACCAGAUUUAGGGUUUGAUUAUGUAGUUCACAGUGAUAAUAUAGCUUCAAAUACGACGCAAAGUUAUAUAAAUAAUGAAAAAAGCAUUCGAGACUACUUAAGUGCAUAUGGAGUAGAAGAGGGGAAGAUAUCACAACUCGUAGAUGAAAUCUUUGAUUUUUGGCGAGCAAUCUUAAAAGUAAUGGAUGAAUUCGAAGAGGAUAUUAAUAAAUGCUACAUGAUUUCAGCAACUUUUGAUGUAGAACCAUUUGCUCUUUGGAGUGAUUAUUUUGAUAUAGCUUGGAUGGGUCAAGAAUUCAAUGAGUCCGUUAUAGAAUAUCCAUGCAGCUAUUUUUAUAAUAGGUUGAACACCAUCUGUGAUGAACACAAAGAAGCUGCAGCAAAUUAUUUAGCACUCAAAUUUUUACACAGAAUGGACGCUAAACUUAAAAAGAAGGAAUUCCAAACGGAGUAUUGCCUUAUGGAUAUACAGUAUACUUUUCGAUUUUUGAUCGAUAAGCUUUAUUUAGAGAAAUAUUUCAAUGAAGAAAUAAAAACCGAAGUUACCGCAUUGGUUCAGGAGAUACAGAAAAGUGUACGCCAACAAAUAGAACAAGCAGAAUGGUUGGAUGAAAAAACACGCACUGAAGCUUUAUUAAAAGAAUCCACAGUACAAUCACGAAUUGGUAAUUUCGAUGACCCGGUUAUGUCUGAACGUCUCAUUCGCGAAAUAAAUAAUCUAACUUUUGAUCCAGACAACUAUGAGCAGAAUAAUAUAAAUUUAAAGAAAUUUAGAAUAUUUAUAAACCGAUAUCUUGGUCUUUAUAACGAAGACAUUCAUAAUGAAACGAAGCCUCUCGAAUUAAUGAUAGGCAAGCAAGUCAAUUCUUUUUACUACAAUAUCGACAACUCAAUAAAUGUAAUGGCGGGCAUUUUGCAUCCGCCAGCUUAUCAUAAAUCAUGGCCGAAUUCUUUAAAAUUCGGUACAUUAGGAUAUCUUGUGGGACAUGAGUUUACACACGGUUUUGAUACAGUUGGAGCACACUACGAUAGCAAUGGUGGCGAACGAUACUGGUGGACGAAAAAAACUGGAAAAGUAUUUAAUAAUCGCACAGAUUGUUAUGUUCAACAUUUUAAUGAUUAUUUGAUACCAGAAAUAAAUCGCAAUAUUAACGGAAAUCUAACCAAAGAUGAGAAUAUAGCAGAUAAUGGUGGACUUCGUGCCGCACUUAAUUCGUACCGCAAAUAUAUGAAGGAAUUGAAUAAGGAAGGUGACCUGGUGACAACAUUUAAAGAUGAAGACAUGCCUGGUCUAAAUUUAUCACCAGAACAACUGUUCUUUGUAGGUUUUGCACAACUGUGGUGUGCAUCAUACAAAGAAGAACACUAUUGGGAGGAACUAACCAGUGAACACCCUAUUGACAAAUAUAGAGUUUUGGGUGCUUUAACUAAUAUGGAAGAUUUCUCUAAGGUUUAUGAGUGUCCAUUAGGUAGCAAAAUGAAUAAGAAGGAAGAAAAAUGCAGAAUUUGGUGAAGUGUUUUUAAUAGAUUUGGUCAACAGAAAAUGAAUAAAAUAUGUUAUUAAAACGUUUGAUGUAAAAUUCUUU